AUGAGCUGUCAAAUUUUCCUGGAAUUGCGCUGCGGCGAAAGUGUGUGUUAUGAAAGCAUCGCAGUAAAAUCGGACGUUAAACCUCCCAACAGAAAUAAAAACCAAAACUACCACCAUGUCCAUCGCUAGAAGCGGAACGUUUACCCGGUCGGGAGGAAUCGUCUCCGCCAUUGGUAAACAGCUGAAAAUGAUAAACCUAAAAGCGGUCAGUCGAAUCACGGUAACGUUCGAUCCGUUCCAAGAGAAAGCCGUGCCCGCCAGAGAAUUUCUCCAACAUCUUUCAUCUCCCCGAAUCACACAAACCAACCCAACCUGUCUGCUGAAAACGGAAGUAGUCUGUGACCGCCGGUUGCCUACGAUUGUGUUCCAAUUGAUUCCUUCUGCACAAGCCGCGACUAAAUUAAAAAAGAUUGAAUUCAACAGCGCAAACCUGUCAACGCUUGAACUGCUACAACUCUGUAACAAACAUAUUUCCAGCCUGACACCACAGGAAGCCGUCGCCACGAACGUCAUUUCAACCAAGUUGGCGAAGAAAGCCGGAGCUGGACAGCGGCGGUAG